UGCGCUGGAGUUUGGUGUCGGCGCAGCUUAUGGCGGUGCUGGCCCUGGAGAUCCGCCUAGGUUCUACAAUCCCAUCCAUCGGCUUCUGCCCAUGUUCAUCCCUAAAACUGUGCAACCAGCUGCCUGAGAACCAUCAGUAUCAAGUCGAGGCUGUUGUCUUUGAUAAUACAGGACCUGAAUGGAAACAUUACGACUGGUCGAAGAUUACGACAAUUGUGGUUACACGUGAUCAUCCCUCUGAACUUCUGUGUCAUGCUCAUGCAAAUGGGGUUCGGGUUGUCUGGAAAGCUGAUGUACAACUGAAGAUUUUGGCAGACUUGUCUCAACAAUCGAAUUGGAUUAAUCAAAAUGUGAAUCUCAUAAACGAUCUGUUUCUGGAUGGAGUGCAUCUCGAUAUAAUGGGCCAUGUUUCACAUGUUCAUGAACUACUCAAGUUUGUUGCACAAGUUAAAGAUAUCUUCAGACAAAGAAUACCUGGAUCACAGGUCUCAGUAAGUAUUCCUUGGACACCAGUCUGUCCAGAUGGCAAGUGCUAUGAUUAUGCAUCAAUGGCACAGUCCUGUGACUUUUUAUAUGUGAAGGCCCAUGACAUACGAAGUGAUGUGAGGGAUGAAUGCUUUGCAAAAGCAAAUGCUCCCUAUGACGAGACGUUAUCAGGUCUGUCUGAGUAUAUCAGACUGGGUGUUGAUUCCAAAAAGCUCAUACUAGGACUCCUCUGGUAUGGUUAUGACUACCCUUGUGACCAUCUCUCUGAGCCUGGAAGAUGCAAAUUGAAAGUAUUUCCUUUUGAAAGUGUUUCGUGCAGCUCUCCAGUUGUAGAGCAGGUGGAAUACAAACAGAUCAUGCAGAUGCUGCCCAGAUCAAUCACUGGUAGAUAUUGGGAUGAUAACUACAAAUCCCCGUAUUUUGUUUACAAGGAUAAAGAUGUUUACCAUGAGGUCUGGUAUGACGACCCAGAGAGCCUUUCACUCAAGUCAUCUAUUGUGAAAAAAUUAAAACUUGGUGGUAUCGGGGCCUGGUUUGGAAAUAGCCUAAACUACAGCGCGAAUCCGACAGCAGCAAUGCAAACUGAAGACAUGUGGAAUGCUCUCUGCCCGAUCAGAUUAAAAUGGAGAACUUGAACCAUUAAUGUUCGCACAAUGUGCAUCUUUAGUUAUACAAGUAACGUGGCAAAAAGUGAGAUAAGCUUCCAACAUUGAAAAAGGAAACGAAAAACGUAGGCGUCAGGAACAGAUUUCACAAUGUUUGUAAAAGGUUCUUAGGUUAGAAAAGGGGUCAUGUGCCGGCACAGGCUUCACUGCAAUGAAGAUUCCGGAAUCUUGCAACGUAGGUUUCAUGCUGGUAAUUCAAUUAUGACUCUUCUUCAGUCGAGAGAGCCUUCUUCAGAGGGUGUGAGACCUGCUGUAUUUCUCCAGCAAUUUGUGUUUAUUUUGCAUGUGUGCUGUUCAUUUUGUCUGAACCUUAAUUUUGAACUCAGAAGAUCUUUUUGUUUUCUGCUUCCAUAAUUAUGGUGUGAAUAAACAAAGAUGUAUUUUCACUGUUUGCAAUUUUAAAUGCAUUAAAACAAAUCAUUUAUCACAACUAUUUACCAUCUGUUCCACACGAUGGGUUUCGUUUCU